AUGUCUGCUGCAGCUGAGGCAAAUGGGCCAAAGUUCUCUUCACCAAGAGAAUAUACAGAUAUUCUUAAUGAAGAGGAAAACACUUCAAGUGAUAAAGAAGAAUUUAAUUCAGGAGAUGAGAUAACCAGCCAUUAUAAUAGAAAUCAUAAAUGA